CUUUGUUCCUGGUGGAAAAAUAUAAGAGACGAAUUCACAACAAUCGCUAUUCAUCGUUGUGUUGCUUAAUGAAAAUAAAAUGUGCGCGCAAAAAUGGCACAAAAUAUGCUAAGGCAAUCAAUUUAAUUUAGACCUCUUCACACAUUUUGCCCACGAUGAGGCACAAACAUUGCCAGAAACAGUGUUGACUCUGAAGCUCCAAAACCUCGGCCAAAAUGAUGGAUGCCGAGAAUGAGGGAAUCCCGCCAGCCAGUGGCAGCAGGCAGGAUGAUCAGAAUGGUUGGGCUGCCAGGAGGCGACAGUUCAUGUCACAACCAUCCACAGUGGCCACCAGACGACUUCAGGCUGUUUGCGUCCGAAGGGCGUGUAAGAACUAUGGCCCCAAGAAGAAUCCCAAUGUGAUAUUGGACUCUCUAAAUAUGACAGUGCCCAAAGGAGUCAUUUAUGGCUUGUUGGGUGCAUCCGGCUGUGGCAAGACGACGCUGCUGUCCUGCAUUGUUGGUCGCCGCCGUCUCAACUCUGGGGAAAUAUGGGUGGUGGGUGGGCAUCCGGGAUCUCGGGGAUCGGGAGUUCCUGGACCCAGAGUAGCAUAUAUGCCGCAGGAAUUGGCUCUCUAUGGUGAAUUCACUCUUCGGGAGACGUUUACCUUCUUCGGCUGGGUCAAUGGGAUGACCACAAAGGCCAUCGAUGAGCGAAUGGAUUUCCUCAUCAAACUCCUCCAGUUGCCACAUCACUCCAGUUUCGUGAAGAAUCUCAGUGGUGGUCAGCAAAGAAGAAUGAGUUUAGCAGCAACUCUUCUCCAUGAUCCUGAGCUGCUCAUUCUGGACGAACCUACAGUGGGUGUUGAUCCAGUAAUUAGGCAAAAUAUAUGGGAUCAUCUAGUGGAGAUCACAAGACCAGGACAAAAGACUGUGAUCAUAACGACGCACUAUAUCCAGGAGACACGUCAAGCCCAUUUAAUUGGUCUAAUGCGUGGCGGGAAGUUGCUGGCUGAAGAAUCUCCCGACAAUCUUCUACAGCAAUUCAACUGUGUUUCCCUCGAGGAUGUAUUCCUCAAGCUGGCCGUGAUACAGAAUAUGGGCAAGCGCCGGCGAUCCUCCAUUGCCCAGGAAGUUGUUCAGCAGAUCCCUGUGCCAGCCAUUUCUAAUCCCGCUCUCGAUAUCUCCGACGAAGACAAGUGCGAAAUCUCCGGAGAGUUUGGAGAUAACAUCUCAAUGUCAUCAAGAGGAAGAGACGUAGUUACCCCAGAUCCCAUCAACAUUCGCAUCCCCGAGGUCGAAGUACCGCCAAGAUCUUUCACCGAUAACUUUAAGGUGUUCAAGGCCCAUCAUAUGAAGACCCUGAUGUGGAAGAACUUCCUCUGGAUGUGGCGAAAUGUAGGCAUAAUGGCAUUCAUCAUUGGCCUGCCUUUGGUACAAAUUAUCCUGUUUUGCUAUGCCGUCGGCAAAGACCCCAAGGACCUCAAGCUUGCCAUAUCCAACAAUGAACUCUCUGCCAGCAUGGAAACCGACUGUCCCAUUAUCACUGGCUGCAAUGUGACUUUCCUCAGCUGUCGCUACCUCCAAUAUCUCGAUGAUCGAAAUCUCGAUAUCAAGAUUUACGGAUCAGACUCCGAAGCAAAGGAUUCUGUGAGAAGAGGCAAAGCAUGGGGUGCUCUGAGCUUCCCCUCGAAUUACUCAAUGGCUCUAAUGGAACGUGUAGAAGCUGGUCGAUUUGCAGAAGACGCAAUUCUCGAUGAAGCCACCAUGUCCGUCACAAUGGACAUGUCAAAUCAACAAAUUGGCCAUUUAAUCUACCGUGACAUCCAAUAUGCAUUUUUUGACUUCAUCCGGGAUAUCCUAAUAGCAUGUGACUUGAAUCCCAGCAUCGGUACUGUGCCUGUUCGUUUCAAUGAUCCCGUGUAUGGCACACGAGACCCGGAUUUUACCGACUUUGCCGCACCUGGAGUCAUUCUAACAAUCAUAUUUUUCCUGUCGGUGGCCCUCACGUCUGGAGCAAUGCUAAUAGAGCGGAAUGAGGGUAUGUUGGAGCGGUACUUAGUAUCCGGGAUUACUGGAGUGGAAAUCCUCUUCUCGCACGUCGCCACGCAGUUUAUUAUAAUGGUGGGUCAGUCACUGCUGGUGAUUCUGUUUGCCUUCACCCUCUUUGGUCUCACCCUAAACGGUGAUGUGGCCCUUGUGAUCAUCCUCGUCAUCCUCAAUGGUCUCUGUGGCAUGUGCUUUGGAUUUGUGGUGUCCUGUGCUUGUGACACCGAACGCACAGCCACUUAUAUGGCCCUUGGGAGUUUCUUGCCAAUUGUCAUGCUCUGCGGAAUUAUCUGGCCCAUUGAGGGCAUGUCCACAGGGCUGAAGUUGGUGGCUGUGCUCCUGCCACUAACCUACCCCACUGAAUCUCUGCGGAGUAUGCUGCAGAAGGGCUGGGGUAUCGCCAAGCUGGAAGUCUACUUUGGUUUCGUAACAGUUCUCGUGUGGAUUGCUGUCUUCCUCACGCUCAGUAUUCUUCUGCUUAAGUUCAAGAAGGGCUGAAGAGUCUCCCUCAAAAGGCCUAUACAUCAUCAUACAAAAAAAAACCUCGAAUAGUUGUUUAAGAUCCAGGACAAACAGUCAUCCAUCUCUUUAGAAUGCAAUAAAUGUCUUAUCUGCAAAUUUCCCGGCAAAAGAGCAUCAAAUGACCCAAUUUGAGAGAGGUGACUGCGGAAAGUUUACAAAACUUCAUUUGCAGCUUCUAGUUGAAGGACUUUUGCAGUUUGCUAAACUUUGACUUGUGUGUAUGUGUGUGUGAAAAUGCUCACAUCAGCGGAAUUAGACAAUUUGUGCUUAAUUUAUGGAUGAACUAUGAGAAUUUAUGUGGGGUAGAAAACGGUGAAAGGUCAAGUGGGGAGAUUAAGGAGACAUUCAACUGGUGAUGUUUGCACCAUUUGUCAUGCAACUUCUUCAAUUAAUGUUUAAGGAAAUCCAUUUAUACUUGUAGAGACUUAAGUUUUCAUAAUCUUUUGAGUAAAGAAUUGAAGUUUUUGAGAAAAAUCCCAGAAAAA